AUGCCGCGGGAUGCGUCCUCUUCAGUCAGAGCUGUGGUGCGCGUCCGCCCGCUUCUACAGCAAGAGCUUGAAGCCGGGCACGAGAAUUGCUGCCAGGCCUCCGGUGACCGGUCGAUCCUGGUAAGGGUGGGUGCGGCGAACCAGUUUCGAAAGUAUUCCUUCGACGCAUGUCUUCCCGAAGAUCGAUCGCAGAAACAGGUUUUCCAAGAGAGCGGUGUGACCUGCCUGCUCGACGCAGCAGUUGCUGGAUAUGCUGCCACCGUCCUGGCGUAUGGCCAAACCGGCAGUGGCAAGACGUACACUAUGAUGGGGCGGUCGAGCACCGGUGACCGUACAUCCGACUGUGGGGACGAGGUCAAGCGGAACGAUGGCCUGGUGAUACGAGCAGCUCGUCGACUCUUCCGGCAGAUAGGUGAAAGCACCGGAGGUUCCAGAAUCACGGUUGGAGCCUCCUUUGCAGAGAUUUUCAAUGCACCUGGCGCUGUCAACGAGUGCAUCUGUGACUUGCUGAAUCCAGAUGCCGGGCAUCUGCAGGUGCGCUUCAGCCAGAAACAUGGCUUCUUCAUCAGCGAUUUGGCCGUGGCUGAGUGCCGCACUCUGGCAGACGUUCGAGCCGUGUUGGAGGCUGGCUUGCAGAAUCGUCGCGUCAAUGCACAUGCGCUGAAUCGCGAAUCAUCGCGGACCCACGCGCUGUUCACCCUGCAUAUCGACUCCGAGCAGGCAGAUGCAGCUGCCGAUGCAGCACCGACGAUAGCGAAGACAUACGGCAAGAUCACUUUCGUGGAUCUAGCUGGCAGUGAGAGGCUGAAGGAGAGCUUGUCGGAGGGCAAUGCUCGCAAGGAGACGCAGGCGAUCAACAAAUCCCUGUUUACCCUCGGACAGGUGAUUUCGCAGCUUUCCCAAGGCAAGGCCGAGAGGCAUAUACCAUACAGGAACUCCAAGCUGACGCAGCUGCUUCAGGACAGCUUCGGCGGUUCAGCUCUUUGCCUUAUGGUCACUUGCAUCUCGCCCGCUGCGGCUUUCGCAGAGGAGUCAGUGAACUCGCUCAACUAUGCGCAGAAGGCCAUGAACAUCCAAAAUACUCCGAUCCUGCAGCUGGAUGAGCAUCAGCGCGUCUUGCAAGAGCUCCGGUCAGAGAAUGCAAAUCUCCGGCGAGAGCUCGAAGGCUAUCGCCACCGCUACGGGGACCUGUCGUCUCGCGGCUACCUGUCUGACAACGUCGGCACGGAGCUCCCGGCCGAGUCACCCAGCGAGACCUCUUCUCCUCAAGAACCGAAGCGCGAGCUGGCAUCACGUGGCCACAGCCUUCCGCCGGACUUCUCCCCGCAGGUACCGAGACCUCCAGCGCCCGCACCGGCAAGCACCAAUCUGCCGUCGCCGGUGUCGGCACGCAGCGGCUCUGGUGGGACGCGGGAGGCUCGCGGCAGCUAUGCUAUGGCAGCUGUGAAGCGUCAACAGCUGAGACAGCCACCGAGCUUGCCAAGGCCCAGCAGAGGUCAUGGAAAGCAGUUGCCACCGCUCCCGAGUCGAGGUUCCACCCCUCAGAGUGCACCGCAGAGUGCAACUGCGGUGAGCUCCUCCGCAAGCCAGCGGGAACCUGCACAGGUCCAGUGCGUUCAAUCCGACACACCCUCAGCGUGGCACAGCCGAAGGCCCUCGAAGCCUAUUCGAGCGCUGCCGCCUUCUUCGCCAAACUCGGAGGAGUCGCGGCACCCGGAGAGCCCUGGCUUUCCACCGACGAUUUGCGCGCCACCACUCUCGAAGGCGAUUCGGAGCCAUUCGCGCGAUGACGUCGCAUCGCCACUCACAGCCGAGCAGCUGGAGCACCUGGAUCGCGCCCACUGGAGCGAGUGGCAGAUGGACUUUAGAACGUCCACAGCCAGCAACGCGGUGAGCCGCGGUUCCAGCAGGCCCGCCUAUCCAGAGGACGGACUUCGCCGAGUAUCUCGGACGGACAGCUCUUCGAGCUCUUCGUCGCUUUCCCCGGCAAGUGGAGCAGGCAGCCUCGCCAUGCCACUGGCGCAACUUCCGGAGGCGCCGCUGCGUGAUGAGAUGGACCCCACAGCCAUUCGCGACGCUGAAGGCGAUGGAACCUCCACCGCCAGUGAGACGCCUGUGGAUAAGGCAGCUGUGGGGGACGACCGGUAUCUUUCCGAGCUCAACCUGAAGCUGGCGUCCAUGCAGCAGGCGACAAACGCUUUGGCUUGUGAAUGA